ACAACUUAACGCUGGCUCGCCGCUGUUAUGAUGUUCGCCCGUUUUGUAUUGUUUCUUUGCCUUACAUUUGUUGCUAUACCAGAUGUCUUAGUGAUUCAUUCGAGAAACCUUCACACCGCAAUCAAGAAGCUCGACAAGGAUUACAAAGAGGACGAUGGCGACAAAGCUUCUCGUGCAAAGCUACUUUGGGAGCUCAUUUUGACAAGAACCAAAGUCAGACAUAAAGAAAGUAGGCAGCCUCGUCCAUUGCGAAAGAGUUUGAAGGUGUACACUCUUCCUCUGAAAGUUGGACUUUGCAAAGACCAGCAUCCGUUAUGUGGUUCUUAUGCGUUAAGCGGACUUUGUGAUUGGCCUGGACUUUUCCAAGACCUCCAUAACAUCCAUGAGACAUGCGCAUUUUCAUGUGGAUACUGCAAAAAGAACUUGCGAAAUGGAGAAGUAGAUUUUGUUGGAGCUAACUGGAAUUCACCAUAAUGCAUUUACAGUUCGGGUUCUUUCACGAGACUAGACAACUCUAUAUCAUGUGAGGGCUGAACGACGUCUACCAUGACCGAACCAUUUGGAUUGAUAUGUUUUAAACUUAGCACUCCAAACCAGGGGGGAGGGGGGAAGGGGGGUUGUUAAGACCCAAGUAGUUGUUAUCCUCCGUUUCUCAACCAAACACAGUUCAGGAAAUCUUGGUAAUAUCUAGUAAGAUUAUGUCCACGUUGUAACUAGUUUAUGUUCUACAAGAAAGAGAAAGACAACAAUGAAAAUUGCUAGGAUCGAUAUCUAUUGUUCCCAUUAGGAUGAGAACUUUUCCCUAACUUUUGUUAGGUUCUUCAAAUCGCUUGAUGUUCUUAUAUUUCCUUGCAUUUAAUACGUUUUGGUAGAGAUAAAUGCGGAACUAAACGAGGAAUAAAAAGUAAGGUUUUUGACAAAUGCGCUUUUACAAUGUCAUUCCAAAGGAAAGGAAAAAUGAAAAAAAGGAGUAGGAAGUGAUAAUUGAAGUUCUGGGAAAAGGAUACAUUGUACCUAUCACGUCUGACCAACCUUUAUUCUGGUAGAUUGGUAUGUGGGUAGUGUUAUUGAAGA